ACAGUAAUGCCAUUUGUUCUGGCUCUGGGAUUAGGUGCAGCCGUGUUUAGUGAGGAGUGUGGAGCCAUUGAGGGGACGUGGCCAAGUGAAGAGGAGCCGAGCAGCCGCUGCCUGGAACUCUGCUUUAGCCUGGUGGCCCACUGAGUGAGUGCCAUGCAGCACCCCCGGGCCUGCCUGUCCUCUGGUCUGCUGCCCAGCCCUCCCAGGAGGCCCUGACGCCCUGGGGCACUUCUGCUCUGCGCAGGACCACGCGGGGGUUUGCCAUGGUGACAUAAAGGGCGUGGAGGAAGGAAGGAGCGCGACCAGCCUGCGGACUGCGCCCCCGGCUGGGAGGAAGGGCCAGGGGCCGAGAUCCUCUGUCCCCGCUGCCUAAGUCUCUGUGGAUUUAUUCGUCAGCUGACGACUCUUGUGUCUCUCCUGUGUGGGGCCUUGGGGUGGCCAGGGCAGGCUGGGCCUCCGGUAGCCAAGGUCUCGGGGGCCAGGAUGCCUGCCCUGGCGUGCCUCCGGAGGCUGUGUCGGCAUGUGUCCCCACAGGCCAUCCUUUUCCUGCUGUUUGUCUUCUGCCUGUUCAGCGUUUUCGUCUCAGCAUACUACCUAUAUGGCUGGAAGCGGGGCCUGGAGCCCUCGGCAGAUGCCCCUGAGCCCGACUGUGGGGACCCGCCGCCUGUGGCCCCCAGUCGCUUGCUGCCGCUCAAGCCUGUGCAGGUGGCCACCCCUUCCCGCACAGACCCAUUGGUGCUGGUGUUCGUGGAGAGCCUCUACUCGCAGCUGGGCCAGGAGGUGGUGGCCAUCCUGGAGUCCAGCCGCUUCAAGUACCGCACAGAGAUUGCUCCGGGCAAAGGUGAUAUGCCCACGCUCACCGACAAGGGCCGAGGCCGCUUCGCCCUCAUCAUCUAUGAGAACAUCCUCAAGUACGUCAACCUGGAUGCCUGGAACCGGGAGCUGCUGGACAAGUACUGUGUGGCCUAUGGCGUGGGCAUCAUUGGCUUCUUCAAGGCCAACGAGAACAGCCUGCUGAGCGCACAGCUCAAGGGCUUCCCCCUAUUCCUGCACUCGAACCUGGGCCUGAAGGACUGCAGCAUCAACCCCAAGUCCCCACUGCUGUAUGUGACGCGGCCGAGUGAGGUAGAGAAGGGCGUGCUGCCUGGUGAGGACUGGACCGUGUUCCAGUCAAACCACUCCACCUACGAGCCGGUGCUGCUGGCCAAGACACGCUCGUCUGAGUCCAUCCCACACCUGGGUGCAGACGCUGGCCUGCAUGCCGUGUUGCAUGCCACCGUGGUCCAGGACCUGGGCCUCCAUGACGGCAUCCAGCGUGUGCUCUUUGGCAACAACCUCAACUUCUGGCUGCACAAGCUUGUCUUCGUGGACGCUGUGGCCUUCCUCACGGGAAAGCGUCUCUCGUUGCCUUUGGACCGCUACAUCCUGGUGGACAUCGAUGACAUCUUUGUGGGCAAGGAGGGCACACGCAUGAAGGUGGAGGACGUGAAGGCCCUGUUUGAUACGCAGAAGGAACUACGCACACACAUCCCAAACUUCACCUUCAACCUGGGCUACUCAGGGAAAUUCUUCCACACAGGUACUGAUGCUGAGGAUGCUGGGGACGAUCUGCUGCUAUCAUACGUGAAGGAGUUCUGGUGGUUCCCACACAUGUGGAGCCACAUGCAGCCCCACCUUUUCCACAACCAGUCUGUGCUGGCCGAGCAGAUGGCCCUGAACAAGAAGUUCGCUGUCGAGCACGGCAUUCCCACAGACAUGGGGUAUGCAGUGGCGCCCCACCACUCCGGCGUGUACCCUGUGCAUGUGCAGCUGUACGAGGCCUGGAAGCAGGUGUGGAGCAUCCGCGUGACCAGCACAGAGGAGUACCCGCACCUGAAGCCGGCCCGCUAUCGCCGUGGCUUUAUCCACAAUGGCAUCAUGGUCCUCCCGCGGCAGACCUGUGGCCUUUUCACACACACCAUCUUCUACAACGAGUACCCUGGUGGUUCCAGCGAGCUGGACAAGAUCAUCAAUGGGGGCGAGCUCUUCCUCACCGUGCUCCUCAAUCCUAUCAGCAUCUUCAUGACGCACCUGUCCAACUAUGGGAAUGACCGCCUGGGCCUGUAUACCUUCAAGCACUUGGUGCGCUUCCUGCACUCAUGGACCAACCUCCGGCUGCAGACGCUGCCUCCUGUACAGCUGGCCCAGAAGUACUUCCAGAUCUUCUCCGAGGAGAAGGAUCCACUCUGGCAGGACCCCUGUGAGGACAAACGCCACAAAGACAUCUGGUCCAAGGAGAAGACGUGUGACCGCUUCCCCAAGCUCCUUAUCAUCGGCCCCCAGAAAACAGGCACCACAGCCCUCUACCUGUUCCUGGGCAUGCACCCGGACCUAAGCAGCAACUACCCCAGCUCAGAGACCUUUGAGGAGAUCCAGUUUUUUAACGGCCACAAUUAUCACAAAGGCAUUGACUGGUACAUGGAGUUCUUCCCUAUCCCCUCCAACACCACCUCCGACUUCUACUUUGAGAAAAGCGCCAACUACUUUGAUUCAGAGGUGGCUCCCCGGCGGGCAGCUGCCCUGUUGCCCAAGGCCAAGAUCCUGACCAUCCUUAUUAACCCAGCGGACCGGGCCUAUUCCUGGUACCAGCACCAGCGGGCCCAUGAUGACCCUGUGGCCCUGAAGUACACCUUCCACGAAGUGAUCACUGCCGGCCCCGACACGUCCUCGAAGCUGCGUGCCCUCCAGAACCGCUGCCUGGUCCCUGGCUGGUAUGCCACCCACAUCGAGCGCUGGCUCAGCGCCUUUCAUGCCAGCCAGAUUCUGGUCUUGGAUGGCAAACUGCUGCGAACAGAACCUGCUAAAGUGAUGGACAUGGUGCAGAAGUUCCUUGGGGUGACCAACACCAUUGACUACCACAAAACCUUGGCGUUUGAUCCAAAGAAAGGAUUUUGGUGCCAACUGCUCGAAGGAGGAAAAACCAAGUGUCUGGGUAAAAGCAAGGGCCGGAAAUACCCAGAGAUGGACUUGGAUUCCCGAGCCUUCCUGAAGGACUAUUACCGGGACCACAAUAUCGAGCUUUCCAAGCUGCUCUACAAGAUGGGCCAGACACUGCCCACCUGGCUGCGGGAGGACCUCCAGAACACCAGGUAGCCACGGCCACCACAGCCAGACUGAACGUUGGUGACGGCGGGGACGUCCCGCCGCACACUGAGCCAGACUGACCUGCGGAGUGGGGAGCUGGGCCUGGGCUGGCCAAGCACUUAUGAGCAAUACUCUGCUGAGGCCACACAGGGCCAGGAGAAGAGCCCCGGCAGGUCUACAAGCGCCUCAGAGCAUCCACUGCUGGGUCUCUGUAGGACUUCCCUAGCCACCAGAGGUCCUUUCUGUUCACAGCCUCUCCUGGGGAGGUCACUUCCUGUUGGUGGAAGGCCACUUUCUGGUAGGAGGGAGUCAUGAGACUCUCUUUUCUGUCUGUCCCUCACUGUGUUCUAGCACCCCUGUCCUCCCCUUCAGCCCACCACUCCCUGCUCCGGCAGGGUAGCCCCUCCGUAUCAGCUGCCAUAUUUUCCCUGUCCUCCAGAUUGUAAGGGAGAAGAGCCCAGCUGGGCCUUUUGCCAAACCAGGGAGAGAGACUGGACAUUUCCCUGACUGUUUCGAGCCAGGCCCUUCAGUGGGGUCAGCUGUGUACCAGAGUUAGUCACGAGGCUGGAUGUGAGGUGGCCACCUCGAGAGAGCUCUGAACCUCCACACUCUGGUUAAUAAUACCUUCACAUCUCACCUUCCCUUCCUGGGGAGAGAAUCUCUGGUUCCUACAGUAUCACCCAGUCCUCAAGGCCUGCUUCAGGGCCUGGGGUGUGGCCAGGCCAUUUGGGCCCAGAGACCCAGGCUUCGACCCUCCCCCUUUCUUCAUCCUGGGAUAUGACCUGUGUGGUGUUUCCUGUGGUAAAAGACGGAGGAGGUGCAGGAAUCUGCCAGUAUACAUGUUCAGUGUACAUACAUUGUCCCCAGCCCCACCCCCAGCCUCGGCCCCUGGCAGAUGUGGACAGAGUUGGAGAGACUGCUGUCUGCUGCUUUGCCCCAGCUACCUGUGGCCAAGGGUUCCCCCAGAUCCCUUAAUCUCCCAAAUACUAAGAAACUAAAGUAUUUUAAUUUUU